AACAACGCCCACGACACCUACAACCCCAAGCACGACACCAACAACGCCCACGACACCUACAACCCCAAGCACGACACCAACAACGCCCACGACACCCACUACGCCUUCGACUUCCACUAAGUCAAAAACAAAAGCAAAUACGCCACCAAUGCUUUAUGAGAAAGGAAAAGCACCCAUCCCAUGUGUGGAUAAAGCAAAAUCUUCUUUCUGCACAAAUGGUUCUAGUAAAUGCAAGUCACCGAUUCCUUUGGUGAAGUAUGCAUUUAUUAAGCUUUGUUGUGGAACUUGUUAUGCAAUUAACCCAAAUUUCUUGCCAAAGAAGGUGUGA